AUUUCGCCGUAAUCUGGUUGCAUGGGCUGCCAACACUUCUCAAAACUCUAUGGUUUGCAUUCGUCAAAAAAUCAAGCUGCCAACAUCUCCAAACAAAACUUUAGCAAGUCAUCGGCUUUUUCAACGAAAGACAUUUUCAUUUCUUUUCUUGAUUUGUAAAAAUAAAAUAUCUGCAAUUGAUAUGUCUGUUAACAAAGAAGAUACGUUGCGGCAGUUUUGUGACGUGACUGGCGCAGAUGAAGAGCGCAGCAAGUUCUUUUUGGAAUCUUCCAAUUGGCAAUUGGAAAUAGCAUUGUCGAGUUUCUACGAACAUGGUGGUAAUGUAGAUGAAAUGCCUGCUAACCCAGCACCUCGUGUCUCACCACCGACUUUGUCAGACAGUGAUAUGGAGUCUCCUCCAGAGUCACCCUCAAGACCGCAAAAAAAGGAUAAAAAGAAGCCUGCAUCGAAAUUUGCGACCCUUGAUUCAUUGCAAAAUGAUAGUUCAAGCCAAGAUGAGGAGGGUCAGGCAUUUUAUGCUGGUGGUUCAGAGAGGUCAGGCCAACAAAUCUUGGGGCCUGGUAAAGGCCGGAAAGACUUUGUCACUGAAAUGUUCAAGAGUGUGAGAGAACGCGGGGCGGUGGCUUUCGAUGACGACCCUUCCCCAUCCGCUAGCAGAGGCCGUAUCGUGUUCUCUGGAGCUGGAUAUAGGCUAGGACAAACUUCGGAUGACCACGAGCAAGUGACUCCAACGAACACACAAUCUUCACAGCAACAAGAUCAAGUCCGAUCUGUCCGUCUAAGGUUGUACCGUGAAGGUUUCACAGUGGAUGGUGGUCCGUUACGGCACUAUACGGACCCUGAGAACGCAGAGUUCCUUAAUUGUAUCCGUAGAGGUGAAAUGCCAUCAGAAUUGGCAAGCGAGAGCGGAGGAGUCCGCGUUAGCUUAGAAGAUCGUUGGCACGAAGAAUACGCUAGACAACCUAGCAAGACUGCUGCUUUUUCUGGCAAGGGCCAUAUGCUGGGCAGCCCUACCCCCACCACAGUGGGUGCCACGGCGGCAGUGGCAGCAGACGCCGGCGACCGCGCAGCCAAUCAGCGCGCGGCACAAGAACAAGUGCCGCUCGAUUCUAGUCAACCUGUCACUACAAUACAGUUCCGUCUAGCAGACGGCAGCCGUAUAACGGGUCGUUUCAACCACACCCACACCGUUGCCGAUCUCCAACAAUACGUGUCGAGAGCCGAACCCCUAUACCAACUACAGCCAUUUGCACUCUUAACCACUUUCCCUAGUACAGAACUAACCGAUCCCACAGCAACAUUGGCUCAAGCGAAUCUACUCAACACCACUUUACUCCAAAGACUUAAGUAGCUGAAAAACAUGUUUGUUACAAAACCACAAAAACACUAUAAACCCGCUUGUUACAAAGUAUAAAAUAUGAUUGUUACAAGCUACGAAACCCGCAUGUUACAAGCUGAAAAACAUGUUUGUUACAAACCACAAAAACACUAAAACCCGCUUGUUACAAAGUAUAAAAUAUGUUUGUUACAAACUACGAAACCCGCUUGUUACAAGCUGAAAUACAUGUGUGUUACAAACUACGCAAUGUGCUUUGCUACAAUGUAUAAAAUAACUUUGUUUUAUAUAAAACUUUUAGCAAUGGCUUACCAAUAAAAAUGUGUCCUUAUGGAACAUGGAAAUUGUUUAUUUAGGUUGUUGGUUUUGUUUAUUCUUUUUUACUUUUCAAUAUGAAUUUCUGUAUUCAUCUGUCAACAUUUGAGGGCUUAGCACGAAUUUUAAUAGCUCUGUAAACUUAUCGCAUCGUCAAAGUUUCUAUGAAUACUAAGUAGCGCCCCCUAUCUGACGUAAGAAACAAACUGGUUUCCAUACAAAAUUUGACGAUGACGAUAAGAUUAUGGAUCUCUCAAGGUACAUGCUAGGGCCUCUGAUAUUAAAGAAAUCUUAAACUGUUUCUGAUUUCUAUGUGUAUAAAUCCAAACAUUAUAAUUUUAUACUUUUUAAUAAGAAUAAAUUAAAGAUCCAUGCCUAUUACAUUGUGUUUUGACUUUAUUUGGGUGAUAUCUUAUUAUAUCGAAGGCGUUCAAUUGUUUUGGAUGUACAGCAAUAAAAAAACUCCAAUUUAUGCUUAAAAUUGUCAUUCCUAAUCCAAAUUUCAUUGCCUUAUAGUGCCUUGUAAGAAGGUCCAUUAUCUGACGUAGCUUCGAUCGAAUUCAUUACAAAAAUAUUAUAAUACACGAUAGUUGCCAUUGCUAAAAGAAAGUUUGUAAGAGUAUGCCGUUCUCAUUAAAAAUACAACCACAAAACAGAAUGAAAGACAAAUUAUGAAAGUUCUCAAAAAUCAUUGAUUUAUUCCAGUAAGGCGGGCUUUCCUCUCCGGGUCGGUGCGGGCUCGUUUUCGUUUCUGUACCGGAUCUGUACAGAAGGUCUACUCUCUUUCUCCAAAACGAACUUGCGAUAGCGAAGUUCAAAAGAAAAUUAAUUUCGUCAAUUUACGGUUAUACUUAAUUUGAAUGAUAAGCUAUCAAAUUGAAGAUUUCUUUGAGUAGGCUUAGAAAAUCUACACCGCAAUCUGACGAAGAAAUUAUUAUAAUUAAAAACGAACCAAAUAGUAAGAAAAGUGUGAAGUUUCGAGCGAAAUUUCGUUUUUCGUUGAAUUAGAGUAGGCCUCCAGAUUCUUUACCGAAAAUCACUUGUUGAACGGUUCGGUUUUGGUGCGGUAUCGUUUUAUUGUGUUUGCGGGAGUGACGGAACGGUCGACUUAAAUUGAUCGACUUAGUAUUCGGCAGUCCUCUUUAGCACUCGGUACAGAGAGCUGUGUAUCUGUUCGGUAAAGAUUCUGUACCGAAGUUACUCAGUGCGAAAGCGCUUAGUAAAUAUUCAGGACAGAUUCGGUCAAGCCCACACCGAGGCGAGAAGGAGUGUGAGGUAGGAGCGUAAUGCUGGCACCUCACACGGCUAUACAUAUUCCCUUAGACGGUUUUCGAAACCAGUUUCGAGAGAAUUUUAAUUCUUCUUUUUAAACCGGUUGCUAAAUUAGAAAUAUGUUCCAUGGGCAUCUUAAUUAUUGAAAAUUAUAUGAAGAACGUACCCCAUACUAUGUACCCCCCCCCCCCCUCAUUGGCCUUCCGCAGUAUAUGCCAAGACCCCUACCCUCUCCCUCUAGUUUUCAAGUAGUAUUUCAUAAAUGUGGUUUUAAAUAAUUUUUUCACAUAGAAAGUAAAAUAAACUAAUAAAAUUGACUCAUAUUAGUCUAUGGUUUCAAAAACGGCCGAAGGGUUCGCAUUUGCUAUCUAUUUAUCAGCAGUCACUCCUUUUCAUUUUCUAUAGAGCAUGAUAAAAAUACAGUGCUGCCAAAUGUACAAAUAGCCAUGUGAAGUGCUAACAUGAGAAAAGUAGAGAUAUCUAUUUAAAACAAGUGGAAUUGAAUUGUUCACAGAGUGAGCGGGGUACCAGUAUGUUUGUAGCUAUUGUAUGAAUUAUAGCUGUAUUAGGUAUUCUAUGAACUGAAACGUGUUAGUACGUAAGCUUUUCUGUCAUUGGCCGGAUUGUAUUGCUGUCGUUACUCCAACCAAUGGCAGCCCUCUUUCAAUGUGACGCAAUUUUUAAUCCUUGUCUUUUGUAAGCGAUUUUGUGAUAAAGGAAGCGCUCCAUUAACUCGUUUCUGCGAACAGAGUACUAAUAGCGGGUUUGUAGCGACCAUAGACUUAAAGAAUGUACUGAGCAUUCGCUGUCAAUUGUAAAGUGAAACAAAAGUAGGAGUGAAAGAGACAAAGCUAUCGGGCGGUCCAUAGUGUUUGUCCCUUUGUAAAGAGUUAUAAUUUUCACGCGAUUGUUUAUUUAUUAAACUAUUGCCACAACUACAAAAUGAAAAAAGGCGGACUUAACGCUAAAAGCAUUCUCUGCCAGCCAACCUUCAAGAAUACAGAAAUACACGACUGCGGUUUACUCAUUCUCUUAGUCUAUGGUAUAGUAGCGAUUUUACUAUGUUCACGCACGGUGAUGUGAUCUAAAGACUUGUGUACAUUAGUGUCUGAUUACGAAAUACGAUGAUGCAAUACAAAUAUACCUUUCGUACUGAUACUUUUUUUUAUUUUUUUUAACCCUCUUCAUUAAGUUACAUCUUUAGGCGUUGAGCAGACGACGGGGCGGGGCGGGCAUUUUGUCCGCGAAGCAAUAAAGACCGCGUCUGCCCGUCGAUGUCUGCGGCUGCCCGCGCCGCGUACACAAAACACACGACGGGCAGAGGCGGUCAGUUCAGGACGUUCGUUCUAGUGAAUAGUCCAUCACUAAUAAGCGCGUGGCGCGGACUG